AUGGCGCUGUACGGUGCCCCGAUCUGGGUAGUUGCCCUCACCGCUGAUAAUCGGGCCCUGCUGCGAAAGCCGCAGAGGGUCAUAGCGGUGAGAGGCAUCAGAGGGUGCCGUACGGUGUCGUGGACAGCGGCGACACUUCUCGCGGGCGAUCCGCCCUGGAAGCUUCUGGCGGAGGUGCUCGCGGAAGUGUACCGGUUCCGGGUCGAGGCGAGGAACUGCGGCGACCGUCCAGGAUCGGCGGAAGUCGGGCGGAUCAGGGCUCUAGCCCAGCGAGCCCUGAUCGUCCGAUGGGAGGAGGACCUGGGGUCACCCACGGCGGGCCUGGCGACAGUGGAAAGACGGAGAGGGUACCGCUGGUUUUUUAGUGGGUAA